GCAAUAUUUUGCUGAAACCUCGAUAUAAAAGAAAGUGGUACGCCCUAAAAUGCCCGGUGAAAGGUUAUCCAAAUCCUCCUUCUGGCACGUUUGCCAGUUGCAUUACCAGCUGUAACACUGCCAUGGAGAGGGUGGUCACCUAUCUCAUCGGGAGGAAAAAGAAGAAAUCCAACAAAAAUGAUCAACCCAGUAACAGCAUAAUCAACGCAACAACACAGCAAAAUGGCAUCAAGAAGAGCAAAAAUCGGCGAAGAAUAUGGAAGAAGAAGCACAAGAAACAGGAACAGAAAACUGUACAGUUAAGUUCAAAUCAGAAUGUAAAGGAACAAACGUCAAGUGAAACCAGAACAGUUUCUAUUACCCCAAACAAUGUGACUGUUUCCAUUGGUCAAAAUGUGUCGCAAAAGUCGCAAGGAAACAAGAAGGAACCAGGGAAAAAGAAAAACUGGAGAGUGGUGAAAUGGGGAAGGAGACCAAAAAAGACGGUAGACUCCUCAACAGCCCAGACUGCUCCUCAGCCAAUGGUUCCUAAGAAGGGGGAAGACUUUUCUUCUAACUGGAAGAAGCUGGCUGCUGCUCUUCAAACCCACAAGGAAACCCAAGUCAGCAGCAAGACGUCUCAACAGUCUGCCAAGAAGAGGAAGUCCAACCAGAAGGAGUCUCCAAGGAAGAGGACAAAACUUAGAGAUGAUAAAGGACAAGGGACUUCACAAGAACAAAGCUCCCAUCCUGACCUGUGGUUUGUGGAUGACCUUGAUGUUGAGGACAUAGAGGUCACGCUAGGGUCAGAUGUGGCGGCCGCAGCGCGGAAGGAGCGAGGCCUGGCAAACAGACCGGCCAUGAGUCUGGUCAAACCGGACUCGUUUGAUGGGUUGACGCGAGCUGUAGGCAUGGACUGUGAAAUGGUUGGUACAGGACACCGCGGCAGUAAGAGUGCGUUGGCGCGUGUCUCCAUUGUUAACCAGUUCGGCAAGUGUGUCUACGACAAGUUCGUCAAACCCAAAGAGAAAGUGACAGACUACCGCACAUUUGUCAGCGGAAUCAGGCCACGGGACCUCAAGGACGGUGAGAGUUUCCAGUCUGUGCAGAAGGAGGUGGCAGACAUCCUUAAAGGGCGGAUCCUGGUGGGCCAUGCCCUGCAGAACGACAUGAAGGCCUUACAGAUGACCCAUCCCAAACAGAUGAUCAGGGACACAUCCAACUUCCCUCCCUUCAAGAGUCUGGCAGGGGGUAACAACACGCCUUCAUUAAAGAAGCUGGCUGCUGGGGUUCUCCAUCUUCAGAUCCAGAAGGGGGAGCAUUGCUCGAUCCAAGAUGCCCAGGUUGCUAUGAGACUGUACACUCUGCACAAGAAGGAGUGGGAAGCGUUCUGUCGGCCAGGUGCAAAGGGAAGGGAGGUGCAGCAACAGAGGAACAGCCAGCAGCACUCAGGGCUGAUGUGACCAAAGUCUUUUUUAAAAAAUUACUCUAGUACAAUGUUGAUUUAGGUGUGUUACUGUUCCAGUUCACAUUCUAGUUACAUCUUUUAUUGAAUCAUAAUAUUGUGUUUAUGGACUUCUCACCCACCUGACACGUUGAAUAUCUAAAAUAGCUGCAGACUGUACUGUGUACUCUUUAGUACAACAGAUGGUGACCAACAUGGCUUGUAAGGAAAGUCUAUGAUACUAAAAUCUAAAUAAGA